CUCCAUCCAUAUAGUUCUAGAAUAGUCUAUUGGAUGUAAUAGGUGGAAGUGUCUAGAACACUCUCCACCAUAGUAGCUCUAGAAUAUUCUAUGUAAGGCUAUAUAAAGGGGAGGCCCUCAUUUGGCCAAACCAACCUAUGUAAGAACCAAAAACCAAGUAUCCAAGAAUUGUAAGCUUUCUCUCAAGUGUAAUACAAAGCUAAUAUUCUCCAAGUCUCUCUCUUGUGUGUGUGCAUUCCCCUAGCUCCCUUCCACAAAAGGCUUACUUAGGUGCGAGCAACGCGUGUUACAAGCAUCUAAGGCCGCACGGUUGGCUUGGAAAGACUGAGGGUUGGUUCAGAAAUUCCAAGGCCGUGACAGUUGGUAUCAGAGCGGGUUGCGAAGGCGUCGUGACUAAGGAAGGAAGGGCACUAUGUCGGGAGUCACGCACACGGAGGAGCACCGCGGAGGGGAGAUUGCUGCUGGCUUGGGCAAAUGGGCAAUGCGGGUUAAGGAUAUGAAGCCAAGGGAUAACUGCUUCCUUUGCGAUGAGCUACAUUGGGCAAGGGAUUGUCCUAAGAGGAGGAGUCUCAUUGCAAAGCUGGAGGAGCAAGAAAGGGAAGAGCAGUCUUGCAUGGGAUAUCUGCAGCUGCUUGAAGCGAAGCCUACGGCAUCAACCCAAGGGGAUAAGGGUUUGAUGUAUGUAGAGGGCAAGGUCGAUAGGGAGGCAACCCAAGUCAUGGUCGACACCGGGGCAUCGCACCACUUCAUCAAUGCGGAAGAGGCCAAGCGGGUUGAUCCGAACCUUGACGGGGGUCAAGGAUUGAUGAAGGUGGAAAACACCAAGGUAAAGUCCGUGGAGGGCUUGGCUCAAGGGGUUGAGUUGCACCUUGGUGAGUGGCGCGAAGAAGUCAAUGACCAUGGCGUGGUGUUGGAGAUCGAAUUACCGCGAGAGUUCAACAUGGCGAUGUUGCCUCGUGACAACACUUGGUGCAUUAUGGACGGGGGUCCUCACAUGGUGCCAACGGUGAACAAAGGAAAACCAAGAAGGCGCAAGUCAAGGAGAGAACCUGCGACUUCAAAGAAGGAGACGCGACGAGGGCGUCGCGAGCAUAGGUGGGGGAGAAUGUCACGACCCGCCAACGUGACCAUCUAGAAUAAAGGUUGUAUGUAUGUUCUAGAAUAGGCUUUUUGAGGAUGAGGGAAGGAUCUAGAAUCCCCUUCAUCCAUAUAGUUCUAGAAUAGUCUAUUAGAUAUAAUAGGUGGAAGUGUCUAGAACACUCUCCACUAUAGUAGUUCUAGAAUGAUCCUUGUAAGGCUAUAUAAAGGGGAGGCCCUCAUUUGGCCAAACCAACCUAUGUAAGAACCAAGAACUAAGAAGUAGAUCCAAGUUGUAAGCUUUCUCUCUAGUGUAAUACAAAGCUAAUAUUCUCUAAGUCUCUCUUGUGUGUGCAAUCCCUUAGCUCCCUUCCACAAAAGGCUUACUUAGGUGCAAGCAACGCGUGCUACAAGCAUCUAAGGCCGCACGGUUGGCUUGGAAAGACUGAGGGUUGGUUCAGAAAUUCCAAGGCCGUGACAGUUGGUAUCAGAGCGGGUUACGAAGGCGUCGUGACUUGUGGACGGAAGGGCACUAUGUCGGGAGUAACUCACACAGAGGAGCACCGCGGAAUGGAGAGUGCUGCUGAUAUGGGCAAAUGGGCAAAGCGGGCUAAGGAUAUGAAGCCCAGGCAUAACUGCUUCCUUUGCGAUGAGCUACAUUGGGCAAGGGAUUGUCCUAAGAGGAGGAGUCUCAUUGCAAUGUUGGAGGAGCAAGAAAGGAAGGAGCAGUCUUGCAUGGGAUCUCUGCAGCUGCUUGAAGCGAAGCCUACUGCAUCAACCCAAGGGGAUAAGGGUUUGAUGUACGUAGAGGGCAAGGUCGAUAGGGAGGCAACCCAAGUCAUGGUCGACACCGAAGCAUCGCACGACUUCAUCAAUGCGGAAGAGGCCAAGAGGGUUGGUCUUAACCUUGACGGGGGUCAAGGAUUGAUGAAGGUGGAAAACACCAAGGCAAAGCCCGUGGAGGGCCUGGCUCGAGGGGUUGAGCUGCACCUUGGUGAGUGGCGCGAAGAAGUCAAAGACUGUGGCAUGGUGCUGGGACGGUACGUGGGACUUACGCCAAGCACCGUCAUUGUGGAGUCCGCACCAAGGGUGGUGUCUGCGCGGGGCGGGUUUCCCGUGGGUAGGGGAACGGACAAGCAUGGCGGUAGGCAGGGUAAUGUCCCCCUGACAAAGGCAUCAGGGACUAGCGGUGGUAGCAUGUCAUGUACCAAGUACAACGUGGCACAGUCAAAACCAAGAAGGAGUAAGUCAAGGAAAAAGACUACAACUUCAAGGAUGGAGACGCGACGAGGGCGUCGCAAGCAUAGGUGGGGGAGAAUGUCACACCCCGCCGAAUCAUCAAGACCGACGCGACGAGGGCGUCGCGAGCAUAGGUGGGGGAGAAUGUCACGCCCCGCCAAAUCACUAAGG